AUGGGUUUACAAGGUCAACUCUCGGAUGUUUCCUCCGAUUCAAUCCCUCUGAUGCUCGUUGCUCUCCUCGCGACUCUGUUCAAACACGUCCGCUCUUUUCUCCACCGCUUCUGCGCCUCCGGUCCUCAUCUCUCCGCCGUCGACGAAGCUUCCGCUUCCGUCUCUUCAGGACUCGCGAACCUCGUCGUCCUCGCCGACCAACUCAACCUCAACCGCCUGUUCUCCUACCGGUACGCCGAUAACGCCGCCUCCGAUUGCAUCGUGUGCUUGUCUACGCUCAAGGCCGGAGAAGAAGUGAGGAAGCUAGAUUGCAGACACGUGUUCCAUAAACAGUGUCUUGAAGGUUGGAUCCAACAUCUCAAUUUCAGUUGUCCGCUCUGUAGAUCUCCAUUGCUCACCGAUUCCAUUUCGUCAUUCCCUCUUCACUCGGCCACUGCAGCUCAUUGA